AUGUCGAGACAUUUCACACACGAAAACGCCACGUCAAACGUGUUGGCGUGGAGCGCAAACGGCGCGAACGUUGAGUUCAAUGCCGAGGAGGAGGCAAGCAGCGACGCAGACGAGCCUCCAGAUUCACAAUUACUCAUUUCACCUGAGUCACCGCAAUUCAAGAGAGCAACAAUCCGUCCUUCAAAAGAGCACCAUGAGUCUCUCUUGACCAAGGCUCUUCACAGCCACUCCGAGGACGAUUCUGUCGACCCGCGCUCUAUCUUGAGCGAGUCCGGUCGGCGGCGAUCCAUGACCAGCAACGUCAGUCUAGCAUCGACAGCCGAGCUGACUUGCGAUACUGGUAUUACAACCCCAGCACGAACCAUUUCUCCCAGUCCCCGUCUCUCGCAGAUUGGUUUCGUUCCUAUCUCUUCCGAAAAGACCCCGACCGACAGACACAUCCACAUUGUCGGUUCUCUACCAAAGAGGAACGACCACCCAGUUGCCCCAAACAAGCAGCAAUCGGCAGUUGGCGGUGUUCCCAAAGAUCCCGCUGUUCAGGCACUAGAAAAGAAGAGGUGUAUCUCAUUUGCAUGUGGAGCGAAGCCUGUAGCUCGACCGGCGGUCGUCCCACCACCAGCACCAAAGCAGCAAGAUACACCCAAGCCCGCUCAAGAAAAGCCGAAGCGACCCACCAUCAAAUUCGCCUGUACGGCACGUCCGGCAACGCCAAGCAGUCCACCGAAGCGUCAGGAGGCCAAGCCUCAGAACGUUGGAUCAGGUGGGUUGACAGUUCCCGAGAAAACUGGGUCUCCAUCGACUGCUCGGAAAAUCCGGUCCCCCUCAACUGGCUUGUCUCGCCCCAAUCGAUCAACUACCCCGCGUCGCUCGUCUCAGAGUCCCAUCGCUGUGCGUACGAAGAAGUACAUUACUGCCGAUUUUGGUGAUCUGCAGGGCGAGCUAUGCCGGUUCCACGAGUUCGCAAGCGACGUGCCACAGGAGGAUGACUGGAUUCGGCAAGAGGCGUCUGUCACGAGAAGGAAACUGACGAUCGAGGAUACUCUUCAGAUGGAAAAUGCUAUUCGACGUCUAGCAAAGGAAGCCGAAGAGGAAGCCGAACAAGAAGAGGAAGAAGCUGAAGAAGAAGACGAAGAAGAGGAGGACGCUGAUGGCGACGACCUCAAUGAUGCUGAAGAUGGAGUCGAGCUCGACGAGGAUGAAGACGAGGAUGAGGAAGCAUUGGAUGACGAUUACUCUGGCUAUGGCUCUGAUGAUGACUUCUCAGAUGGCUAUAACACUGACAACGAACACGGCUUUGCGGAAUCGGAUGACGAAGACGAUGGUUUAGUCUUGUGGACCACCAGUCAUAUGGCAGAUAUCAAAAUAUCUGACGCUACCUCUAUCUACAAGCCAUCCUCUUUUGGCGGCCAUCAAUCUGACUCAUCAACAUGCUCUGGUCACAACAUUCGGGCAUCGCGACCCCGACCACGGGAACUACUGAGCCAUCUCGGUUUCCGACCGGCAACUCCAGAGCUACCGGAUAGUACCGACUUCGUAUGCGGCACGCUCGAUGAGGAUCGUCCCUUGGAGGAGGCCUAUCUCAACCGCAUUGCUCAGAGGAAGCGCGAGAAGUUGCAUGUCAUUCCACAGGACAUUGACCCUAGUUUCCCCACCUCAGAGCCCGAGGACGAGGAGGACGAAGCCAGCUACAAGCCGGGCCGUGAUAGCGACGAUCAAAUCUGGCUUCACGGGGAAAUCGAGGACCUUGAAGAGGAACAGGAUCGCGCCGACCGGAGGAAAAAGAAGUCAGCCAAGCACUCUCCGCCGAAGAGAUAUCACUCACCACCUCCUAAGCGCAUGCACUCUCCUCCACCAAAAGCCCGUGGUCGGUCUCCUCGUCGUCUGUUCGAGCGGCAGUCACCAAAGCGUUUGCGAUCUCCUGCUCCAGCUCGUAUGGUUGCAUCCCCGCCUGCCUCACCUGUACAGGCAGGAGCCAGAAUCGCAUUCAAGUCUCUCGCCUCUCGUCCUGGUCUUACUCAUACAAAAUCCCUUCCCAGGGCUCCCGCCUUAUUCAGGCACGCGAAGCCUAAGGGUCGGCCCAGAGCCGGAACAUUGACUAAAGACCGUCAUGUCCGAGGCGCAAUUGACAUUGUUAAGGGCCUUGAGCAGAAGCGUCAGAGACGGAAGGAGAAGUUUUAUCAGAAGUACUGCAACCGUGCUCGAAAGGGGCAGGUUCCAGAGCGGAAACACCAGCCUGGCCAAGGUGCCGAGCGUAUGAGAGAAUUGGGUCUACUCAUGGCUGGCAAGAUUGGCCCCGGUAACUAUGUCCUUUCGGUUUAA